AUGAAGCAAUUCAGACCAAUUGCACUCUGCAAUUCUGUUUAUAAAGGGCUGAGUAAAAUCCUGGCUAAUAAGAUUAAACCCCUCAUUGGUGAUCUUAUUUCACCUAGCCAGGUCAAUUUUAUCCCUAAGAGAAACAUUCAGGACAAUAUUAUUAUUGUUCAAGAACUUAUUCAUUCUAUGCAUAGGAUGAAAGGGAAGAAGAGUUUUUUCUCUAUCAAGAUUGAUCUAGAGAAGGCUUAUGAUAAACUCAAUUGGGAGUUUAUUAAAUCUGUGCUGGAAGAUCUGAAGCUGCCUGGAGAUUUGGUAGCUGCCAUCAUGGGUUGUGUCACAAGUCCUUUUAUAGAAGUAUUGUGGAAUGGUGCUAGAACUCAGGGAUUCUAUUCAAAGAGGGGAAUAAGGCAAGGGGACCCUAUAUCCCCCUACUUAUUUGUUCUUUGUAUGGAGAAACUUACUCACCUGAUUAUGGAUGAAGUGGGAAGGAAGAACUGGCAUCCUAUUAAAGCUGGCAGAUCUGGCCCCCUGAUUUCCCAUUUAAUGUUUAUGGAUGACAUCAUUCUUUUGGCUGAAGCUUCCCUAAGUCAAUUGGAUUGUAUUACUAGCUGCUUGGAGAAAUUCUCUAGAAUGUCAGGCCAAUGUGUGAGUAUGGAGAAAUCUUGCAUUUAUUUUUCAAAGAAUACUUCUCAGGAGACAGUGGAUUCUAUUUCAAGUGUUAGUGGUUUUAAGAUAGUCAAGAAUAUUGGCUGUUAUUUGGGGGCUCUAAUGAGACAUGGGAGAAUUAGAAGAGACCAUUAUGCUGAUGUCAUCUCUAUAGUUUAUUUGGGGAGAUACAGAUGCAAAAAAAAAGCUUAUUAUGUGGCAUGGGAUCAGUUGUGUCGUCCAAGGGAGUGUGGUGGUCUAGGUAUCAUUAAUCUUAGACUACAAAAUGAAGCAUUCGGGCAGAAGAUCUCUCGACAGCUCAUCAAUGAUCAAAACAGCCUAUGGACCAAGGUUUUGCUUGGUAAGUAUGGUAGGAAGCAGGAUCCCAACAGAAGCCUAAUUGUUAGAAAGAGUGACUCUUCUUUAUGGAAGAACAUUUGUUUAGCCAGAGAUAAAUUAGCUCAGCAUUUGAUUUGGGAGGUUGGUAAUGGUAAAUCUGUUCUCUUCUGGACAGAUUACUGGGGAGGAUGGAAAAAUAAUAUGUAUGAUCCUUCUUUAGUCAAACCUCCAAGUUCUGAUCUAGAAUUAAAAGUGUGUGACCUUGUUGAUCAAGAAACAGGUGGUUGGAAUUGGAGCUAUCUGGAAAACCGUCUUGAUGAAGCUAAUUUUGGAAAGCUGCAAACAACUCUUCCCCCUGAUCCAAGUGGCCCAGAUGACAAGCUUAGUUGGAUAAGAAACAACCCAGUGGUUCAUGACGAGUUGUUCUCGUGGCCUAGUGAUCCUAUUUGCAGGAUACUGAGUUAUCUAGUGGAAAUGAAGGAAAGUAGUAACGGUUAUCCUUUUACCUCGAAGAUAGACUCUCAUAUAUCCUUUGGUGGCUUAGGACAACAAGUAGAGAAGGAUACUAUUAAAAAUUUUGUUGAUGGUGCUGUCAACUUAAAUUCCAAAACAGGUACUUGUGGAGGAUUCAUUUGCACUUCUAAUGGAGAUUGGCUGAGUGGAUUCUCCCUUAAUAUAGGCUCUUGUUCACCAUUGGAAGCUGAAUUAUGGGGAAUCUGGCAGGGGCUCAAGCUAGCUGUGGAUUUGAAUCUUCGUAAGGUUUGGCUUGGAAGUGAUAGUAAGGAAGCUCUCCUUUGUGUUGAAUCUCCACUUUCGGAUGGCUUCUUAUUCGUAACCAGGAAAAUUAGUAGUAUCAUUCAGUUUUUUGAUCAUUUUCAUAUGGAGUUUGUCCCUAGGGAGUAUAAUAUUUGUGCUGAUAGUUUAGCUAUGAUAGGGUUCAACUGUAGGGGUGGAGAGUUGAAGUUGUUUUCCUCUCCCCCUGCAAGUAUUUUACCUCUUUGGAGUGACCUUUGUAAAUACCUGCUGAUGGAGCAUGUGUCUUUUAACAUGCAUCAACUUUCAAUAUAG